AUGUUCCUGCUUCGAAGUGCUUCUUCUUCUCAUUGCCUCUCAAUCUCUACUAUGUCCAUCGGAUCUGCACUUCCCAUCAUCGAAUCUUGCUCUCUAUUGCUUGAAAAUCCCCUCUAUGAAAAAUUUAGAUACAAAGGCUUGAGAUUUGCAAGGGAAUUAAGCUUGAUAUUCAAGGAUAUCCCAGCAACUGGGGAGACACUUUUUAUACCAUUUGCUACCCAGACCCAAUUAGAGGAUGAUGAUGACGAAGAUGUGUACCACCCUACUAUUGACCUUCAAGAAGGCUUCGAUGAUAGUGAAGAUGAGCUAAAUUUAUCUGACACCAUAGUACCUAUUGGGGUCACUGAUGAGCUGUUGGGCUUAAAUGUCACCACAAAUAUCGGUGAAACUAGUGGUGACAGAAGUCAAGGCAAGAGAAAGAGGGUUGUAGGCAUUGGUAGGAGGAAAAAGCAAAAAGUCUUUGCCUCAAUGAAAAUAGCAGAUGCGAUGAGUGAAAUAUCUAAAGAUAAUAGAGCUAGAAUAGAGACAAUGAACAAGAUUUUGGCAAAUGACAUAGAAGUUUCUAAGGUUAUGGCUCACUUAAAUGGACUCCCAGAAGUUUUUGGUGAUAAAGAUUUGCAUUGGAGAUGUAUCAAUAUUGUUAUGUACAAGCCUAUGCGAGAUGCUUACUAG